GGCGUAAAUUCACCGGAUGACGUCGAGGUUAAAAGAGCCGCGCCCUCCACACAGCCUUGCAAUUAUUAUUCCGCCAGACCCAAAGUCCACAUCUGCACGCUCCCAUCGGCUCGAGGCUCCCUAAAGUCAGCUCAUCGUUCCUUGAAAACAUUGCGGCGAAAUGGUCGAUCAACUGAACGUGCUCAUUGCCGGCGGAGGCAUCGCGGGCCCUGCUCUCGGCCUGCUUCUGUCCCGCGUUGGUCACAAGUGCACCAUCGUCGAGCGGGCGCCCAGCUUCCGCAAGACGGGCCAGCAGAUCGACGUGGCUGGCAGAGGACUACAGGUCGCACAGUUCAUGGGCAUUGAGGACGCGAUUCGGCAACGCGUCAUCUUCGACAAUGGAAUCAGGUUCAUGGAUACAAAGAGCCCGGACAAGAUCUUGGCCGAGCUACCUCGCAAGUCUACGAGUGGCCCACUGCAGUGGGUCAGAGAGCUGGAGAUCCUAAGGGCACACCUUGCCGAGAUCAUGUACGAGAGGACCAAGGACUUGGUGGAGUACAGAUUCGGAGAUCAGAUUGUCGCCAUUCGUCAGGAUGAGUCGAAGGUGACGGUGAAGUUCCAAUCGUCUCCGAAAGAAGAAACAUUCGACUUCGUGGUGGCAGCAGAUGGCUUGAGGAGUCGGACAAGGGACCUCGCGUUCGCCCCAGACAAUACCAAAGUUGUCAGUUUGGGACAAUACGUAUCGUUCUUCGACAUCCCCUGGCAGGAAGGAGAUGAGCAAUGGACCGCAGUAUUGAAUGACACUGAGGGGCGAUGCGUGGUGUUACGCCCACGAAAAGAGCACAAGCGGACGGGAGCGUACUUGACCCAAGUCACCGACGACUGCGGAAAAUUCGCGACCAUGUCUCGAGAAGAACAGUUUCAAGAAUUGACCAAGAGAUUCGGCGGGAUGGGAUGGGAGACACCGCGUAUCUUGAAGGAGAUGCAGCAGCAGAUCGACGACGACAAUUUCUACAUGGCCGAGGUGGCGCAGACGAAAUCGACAUCCUUCUCCAACGGCAGAGUAGCGCUGCUGGGUGAUGCGGCAUACGCAGGCUCGCCGGUGUCUGGAGAAGGAACGACGCUGGCUUUCACGGGCGCCUACGUUCUGGCAGGAUGCCUUGCAACGUACUCCGGCACCGAAGCGUUGUCACAGUACGAGAAACAAAUGCGCCCGUUCGCAGAAGCCUCGCAGAAGCUACCCCCGGGCAUUCCGUGGAUCGUCCACCCGCAGUAAGUACCCGCUCGAUCCCCGUCGUCGAAUCAACACUGAUUUCGUUGGACUCAGAACCGAGCGAGGCCUUACAAUCAGAGACAAUCUCUUGCGAGUUGGGGGCUUGGUGGCCAGUUCAUGGCUUGCGGCAGCCUUGAAGAAGGUUGGCGGAUCGGUGUCUGAGUGGGUGUCCAAGGAGAUGGAGCUCCCAAAGUACCCGGCGUUGGAGCCGCACAAGACGAACGGUGAAGAGAGUUGAUCAAGGUCGACGUCGCGAAUUGUGAAUGGGAUUCUGGUGGUUCAUCCACGGUCGAUGCUCCGAGAUCGGCGCGUCUGUAGAGUGACGCUUUUCACAGCUCGAAAUUUACGGAAGAACUUGAGU